AUGCCUCUCUACCAAUCUACUUCGUCAAACCCCCGCCAACGCCUCUCCCUCUUCACUAACUCGACCCUUGGCCACGACGUCGGUGCCGCCUUCAAAGCAUCCGGCAUCACGACUCGCUCAGUUCGAGAGGUUGGCGAGACACCCGCUCCACCGCCAUCGCCCGUUGACUUCUCCUUCCCCAGCACGCCAGAGGAGCAAAGCCCCAAUGGAAGCAAAUCGAAUUGA